AUGUCUACGGCCCCGGCAGGGAAAUGGGAAAAGGAAUACGACUUCAUACUGGCGGAAAAGAAGGGCAAAGUUGCCCUUCUGACACUGAACCGGCCCAAGGCCUUGAAUGCCCUGUGCAACGGCAUCAUCCAAGACCUCAUCGAUGCCACCACGGCCAUCGCGGCUGAUGAUACUGUCGGUGCAAUCGUUCUGACCGGCUCGACGAAAGCUUUCGCUGCAGGUGCGGACAUAAAGGAAAUGAAGGACAAGUCAUUCGUGCAGGCCUUUAGCUCGAACAUGUUUGCAGAAUGGGGUCACAUUGCCCGGGUAACCAAGCCUAUCGUGGCGGCUGUGAAUGGUUAUGCGCUAGGAGGGGGUUGUGAGCUGAUGAUGAUGGCAGACAUCGUCAUCGCCGGAGAAAACGCCAAAUUUGGACAACCUGAGAUCACGCUGGGGGUGAUUCCUGGGUGCGGAGGGACGCAGCGCCUGGUCCGGGCGAUAGGGAAGAGCAAGGCGAUGGAGUUGGUGUUGACAGGCGGAAUGAUAGAUGCGCUGCAGGCGGAGAGAGAUGGCCUCGUGUCUAAGGUGGUGCCCGCCGAGAAAACCGUCGACGUGGCCCUGGAAAUGGCGACCAAGAUCGCCUCCUUUUCCUUGCCUGUGGCGGCGGCCGCCAAGGAGACUGUGAACGCGGCAUUCGAACUCAAUUUGGCGGAGGGUUUGCGGUUCGAGCGGCGGAUUUUCCACAGCCUCUUCGCCCUCCAGGACCAAAAAGAGGGAAUGGCAGCCUUCGUGGAGAAAAGGAAGCCCACGUUCACGAAUACGUAA